CUCACCCCUAAUUAUUAAAUAUGAUCCAAAGAAGUAGCUCACUAUUUAGUACUUAAAUAGUCUUUUUACUAAUUACUUUCUUAUUUUCACUGAAGUUAUAAUUUAAAUGAUUACUCAUUUAAAUUUAACACCGUGUGAUAUGUGUGUGAGAGGGGGGCACAUUGGUACAGCAGGUAAUGUUGCCCAAGUCUCAGAUUCAAUCCUGAACUCAGGUUGUUAUUUUGGCUUGACAAAGCCAACAUUCAAUUCUGCUGUUCAAGCUUAUUAUUAGGGGACCAAGCACUGAAGCUGAAUAGGCACCCUAUUGGGUGUUUAUGGCAGCCCAUAGAACCAUCUGGUAAAAAGUUGUGAAACUUGGCAGACUGAUUGGGGAGGAUAUAAGGAACAUUCUGACCAAAUUUGGGCCAAGUGUGCCAACGCUCUAGUGCUGCCUUUGGGUCAAAUUUGGGCCUAAUUUGGAAGUACAUUUAUUAUAAUAACUUUUGAACCGUGUGUCCAAAAUUUAAAACCUCUGGAUUCCCUGGGUCGAGAUGAGUUCAACACACCCUAUGACAACAAUUUCCACCUAAUUAGGUUUGGCUAUUCAAGAAAUUUUGUGCCAGUGCCACAUACUGGUCAAAAGUUACAAUAACAUGCUAUAAAUGCUUACAUCUAACGGCCAUUUUUUGCUACUCCUCCUCCAAAUUUGUAUCCAAUCCUCACCAAAUUUAGCUCACGUCAUGCUGAGACCUGUCUGAACAAAAGGAAUUUUGAUAUUCAAAACUGUUCUCCUGUAACUUGCUAGCAAAUGCAAAAAACAGGAUGCGUCUAAAUCAACAAAGGAAUGGCUUAACCAAAAGAAAAUCAUUGUUUUUGAAUGACCUAGUCCAAGCCCAAACCUGAAUCCAACUAAAUAUCUGUGGGGUGACCUGAAGCAGACUGUGCACAGGAGAUGCCCUUACAAUUUGAUGGAUCUAGAAUGUUUUUGCAAGAAAGAAUGGGAAAAUAUUGCCAAGUGAAUGUGCCAUGCUGAUAGACUCUUACCCAAAAAAACUGCAUGGUGUAAUAGAAUCAAAAGGUGCUUCAAAAGUAUUAGAGUAGGGGUGUGCACACUUGUGCAGCCAAGUUAUUGUAACUUUUUUCCCCCUAUUUUUCCUAAAAUGUUUCUGAUUGUUCUGAUUCACUUAAUUUUUAUACAUUGUAAUUUCACAUUGAGGGUGGAAAAAGUUCUGACAUGAUUUAUCUUGGUUUCAUUUUUUUACAUCACAUAAAUGCCAUUUUCACAGCGAUGUGUAGACUUUUUAUAUCCAUUGUACGUAUCAUCACGAAACUUGAUAAGUAUCUUCAGGACCAUACCCUGAAUGUACCCAAGAAGUUUCGUGACUGCGAAAACUGUAACAACUUUGAUUUUUUUCCUAUAAGUCCCUGGAGUAUGCUGAAGUGAAGGCACACCAACAUCUGAAAUUCAAGUGUACUUCCUGUCAACCAUCUUGGAUUUUGUCAAAAACAGUUUUUUUGACAAAAAAAAUCCUCUUCAGAACAAAAGAAUGUUGAUAUUCCAAAUGGUUUGCCCGUAAUGUGCCAACAAAUCUGACAGCGAAACUGCCAAACAGGCAGUGAGUCUGUAUCUCAGCGAUGACCUUGCACACCGACAAAAAUCUUGGUAGGCAUCUUCAGAACCAUGCCCAAAUUUGCAACAAAUUUCAUGACUGCGCCACUUAGUGGUCAAAACUGGUGAAAAUGUUAUUGCCUCUAAGUGCCAUUUUUGCUACUCCUCCUCCAGAUUUUGGCCAAUCUUCACCAAAUUUGGCUCACAUCAUCUUGAGACCUAAUACCUUAGAUGUUUUUAAAUUGCAAGACAAAAAAUAUUUUCAAGUCAGAGCAAUCAUGACCACAGGUCAAAGUAGCAACAGACAACACCAUAGGUCACAGCAGUAGUGGCAGCUGCAGCAGCAAAACUGUCCGUGGGCAAAACAUACAAAUCAUGAGUGAAACUACAAAUCACUCUUGAAUCCCUUUGCCUAAAGUUAUGGCUCUGGUUUCCUGUGAUUGCUUAGGCAACAACUGUAGCACAUCUGUGAAUGUGUGCCUCACAUUAUUAUUAUUAUUAUUAUUAUUAUUAUUAUUAUUAUUACAACAUGCUUCUUUUGUGCUAAGGCUCAAAUCAACGGCUUAUUGAGGAGAGGUGUGCUAUGACUUUUAUAAGCGAUCAGACUUAUGAUGUUUGAACAGUGGACAAAAAUUGUGCAAAAAAAUCCCAUAGAGUUACAUUGACGGAAUGUUCAGAGCCUGGCUCGGAAUGUUCAAGAUUACAAAUUCCAGCUGUCAAAACUCACACACACCUGUGUGCACAUGGCCUGAAGCCCCUCUUCUCUCCCUCCCAAUCAAUGUACCUGUAACAGAGAUUCUCACUUCAUCUAUCUCUCUAUCAAUGCCAUACACUCUCUAUCCAUCUUUCUGUUAAUCUAUCUGUAGCACACAUACACUGUCUCUAAUAACUAAUAACAUUCUUUCUCCAUCUAUCAACUUGCAUCACUCUCACUCCAUCUGACUUUCUACUUGUAUGAGUCAUUUCUUGUAUCACUCAUAUCCCCCAUUUGUCAUCUAUCUUUCUACCAGUAAAGAGUUUCAAACUUUCAGACUGGCUUUUUCAAGCCAACAUCAAAGUUUGUUAUGACGAACUUUGCCUAUCUAGUUGUCUAUGCAGUUUCCUGUGGGUUGUCUGGUUCUCUCCCGCCCCCUCUAAAAUGUGCUGGUAGGAGGAAUAGCCAUGCUAAAAUGCCCCUGAAUGUAAAUAUUAAAUAAAGUUGACUUAUUUUUAAGAUAUUUUCAUUUUUAUGCUGUCCAAUAUCUGUGUGUCUCUAUGGGCCCUGUCUAUGUUAGCAAAUGGCCCUAGGUUAUGGUGUUUGGUGGCAUAUAGGGGAAAUUUUGGAAUCUAAUGGUAAGGAAUAUAAAGACAUCCAUGAAGUGCAUUGUUUCUCUACUCACUGUGAGUGAGACAAGAAUUUCUGGUGAAUUAUCUAUGUGCUUAAAGGGUUAUGGGGAAAUUCAUUCAUUCAUCUUCAGUAACUGCUUUAUCCUAGUCAGGGUUGUAGUGUAUCCAAUCCCAGCCAAUGUGGUGGAGCCAAUCCCAGUAGUACUGGGCACAAGGUUGGAGAAUUCACCCCACAUCAGAUGCCAGUCCACCACAGAGCAUGAUGUGUGCACACGCACACACUUUAAUGUAACCUACUCACCUUACUGCAUGUUUUUGGAAGGUGGGAGACAACCAGAAAAUCCAGAGGAAACCCAUGCAAACACAGGGAGAACACUGAACUCACAGUCAAACCCAGGACCCUGGAGCUGUGAAAUGGCAAUGCUACCCACUGCACCACUGUGCCACCUUUGUAGGGGACAGAUAACAAAAAUUUAUCAUGUCAAAUUAUUUCAGCAUGGUUAUGUAAUAAUAUAGAUGCUAUAAUUGUUCUCAGUAGGCAUGGUAAUUUUGAAUCUUAAAUUUUACUGAAAAUUAAGUAAAAUGCAGAUGAAUAGAUUAAAAAAGCAAUAUGAAUUCAUGAAUGAUGAAGUCCUCUUUUGAUCCAAUUCAUCAAUUCAAUUCAAUUUUAUUUAUAUAGUGCUUUUAACAAUGGACAUUGUCACAAAGCUUAUUUACAGAACUCCAGAUUUAAAACUGAGCAAGCCAGAGGUGACAGUUUCAAGGAAAAAGUCCCUGAGAGGACAAGAGGAUGAAACCUUGAUGAACCAGAUUCAAAAGGGGACCCAUCCUGUUCUGGGUGACAACAAGAUAGUGUGAUUAUAAUUAAUUUCUCUUUUUUAACUGUCGAGUCAAAUAGUGCUAAUUGUGUUAACAGGAACUUGAGUUUGAGCAUCAUCAGAGUUUAGGUCUAGGGUGUUUAUGUGGAAUCAUCCACAGUAAUCUCAUGGUCAUCUUGAGGCUAUCCAUGUCGUCCUGCAUUCUGGACUAACUGGAGCUUAUUUAUGCACCUACUGGAACAUCCAGACAGCAAAGCAUUACAAUAAUCCAACCUAGAGGUAACAAAUACAUGAAGUAGUUUUUCUCCAUCAUGUAGUGACAUUAUAUCUCUUAUCUUAGCAAUAUUUCUGAAACAUGAAAGAAGGCCUUCCUAGCGAUAUUAUCUACAUGAUUCAAAUGAAAGACUGGAGUCAAGGUCUUUUACUGCUGCACGUGAUGUAACAUAAAGGUCAUCCAGAGUUACUGUGUGAGAAAGCUUACCUCCAGCAGUCUGUGGUUCUAGUAGAAGUACUUCUGUCUUGUCAGAAUUAAGUAGAAGGAAGUUACUAAGCAUCCAGUGUCUGAUGUCUUCAACACAUUCCUCAAGCUUAUUAAACUGGUGUCUCUCAUCUGGCUUUUCUGAAACAUACAACUGAGUGUCAUCAGCAUAACAGUGGAAGCUAAUUCCAUGUUUACGAAUAAUCGUACCCAAUGGUAGCAUAUAUAGAGAAAAAAGCAGUGUGCCUAAAACAGAACCUUGUGGAAUGCCAAACUUUAACUUAGUAUGUAUAGAGACCAUUUACAACUAUAAACUGAUAAUGAUCAGUCAAAUAAGACCUGAGCCAGGAGAGGGCCGUUCCUUUAACUCCAACAACAUUUUCUAGUCUAUCAAAGAGAUUAAUAUGAUCAGUGAUAUCAAAAGCUGCACUAAGCAGAAGCAACACAAGGUCAAAAGCUGCACUAAGGUGAAGCGAAGAGACACAACCCUGAUCGGAGGCCAGUAUUAGGUCAUUUACCACUUCAACUAGCACUGCUGCAGUGCUGUGAUGAGGCCUAAAUCCUGACUGAAAGAUUUCAUGAAUAUUAUUCCUAUGUAAGUAUGAGCAUAACUGCUGUGCUACAACUUUUUCUAGGAAGGGGGUUGAUAUUGGCCUACAGUUAGACAACUGACAGGAGAUCAGGUUUUUUAAUCAAAGGUUUGAUCACUGCUAAUUUAAAGGAUUUAGGUACAAAGCCAGUGCUAAGAGAAAAAUUGAUUAUUUGUAAUAGAGGUUUCAUUGCUUCUAGUAGUAUCUGUUUUAAGAAAUGUGUAGGUAUGGGAUGUAGUUCACAAGUUGAUGAUUUUGAUGAAGACAUUAGUGAAAUUAAUUUGAUCAUGCCAAGGGGAGUAAAGCAUUCUAUUUGCUGAUCUGAUAUGGUUAUAUUGCCAUCUUCAUGGGUAGUUAUCAACUUAGCUGGCUUUAAAUUAAUAGUCUGAAUUUUUGAAUUUUUUCAAUUUUGUCAUUGAAAAAAUUCAUAAAGUUAUCGCUACUAAAUACUGAUGGUGUGUAUGCUUCUAGGUCUUAUUCUUAGUUAACCUUGCUACAGUUUUAAAUAAGAAUCUCGCUAUCUCCACCUAAGGCAUCCAGACUUUCUCCUACUGAAAUUGUGCUGCUUGCUUUCGCUAACCUUCUCUAGCAUCUAAAUGUGCACCUAUGCAAUCUUCUCCAGAGUGCUAACUAAUAUACAUUUAUCACAAAUAAAGCUACUACUAACAACGGAGGAAGAAUGACUAAACAUUCUUCACUCAACACACUGAAAAAGCUGAGUUUAUUUGUUCAUCAUGUUAAAUGUACUUUAGUCGAAGUUUUGUUGAGAUAAUUUUUAGGUAGAUCUAAAGUGGAUGGCCUCUGCGUUCCUGUCUUUUGAUGAAAAAAACAAAAAUGGUCUUCAAGAAAAUGAAAAUGAGCUAGAAGGGGAGAGUGAAAAAUAUGAAAAAUGAAAUGAUAGCUCAAAAUUAUUGAUGAAAAAUUUAAAAAUGGUAUAGUUUAAUCAGCAACAUAGGCGAGAAACACCCAGCAAAGAGUUAGAAAAACAGGAGUGGUAAAUCAGAAUGCUAAUAUUGUUAGAAUUAGUUAGAGUAUCACAUACAAACAGUAAGAUGAAAGAACAUUGUGGUCACAUCAUGGGGUGCUACAGUAAUAGAAGAAUUAUUAUAUUUUUGUACUGUGCUUUUUCAGUGCAGCAUGCAAUCUUUUGCAAACCCUAUUUGCUUUUGUCACUGCUUUCUAAGAAAAUCAAACUCAGUAUUUCUGCAAAUGCUCUUUAUAUGGCAAUGUAGAGAUGUGACAAAUUAAAGGAACAAUGGGUGGUACUGUUAUGGUGUGAGGGCAUUUGGUUGGCAUAUUUUGGGUCCAUUUGUCCCCUUAGAUGAAGGAGUCACUACAAAUCAAUCCAAAUUUAUUCUGACUAAUCAUUUUUAUACUGUGAUAAAACAUUUCUAUCCCGAUGGGAGUAGACUCCCAGGAUCACCCUGCCCUCAUCCACAGGGCACAAGGGCUCACUGAAUAGUUUGAUGAAAAUUACAUAAAUUGGGGCUCCAGAGUGGUGCAACAGAAAAUUUUUCACCCUAUCAACAAUAGAUUGUAAAUCACAACUAUGCCACAGCCAACAGUAGCUAGGAGUCCUAAAGAGCAGAAUUGUCCGUGGUCUGUAGGUGGGAGGUAUGGCAUUACUCACUCCUCUGUCAAUCAGAGCUACACUAACUAAUGGUGGGUAUCUGUGAGCUCGUGUAUGUGGAAGAGGGCAGAUGGCACUUUCCACAGAGUGUGUUACAUUGCACUGUGAUCAGUUUGAAAAGAUAGAGUAGCUCUCUUCUCAUGUCUCCAAGUGUUAUGCUCCGCCCCUUUUCUGUGUGUGCAUUUGUGUCUGUGUUCCGUGUUUUGUCCUCUGUCCAGGUGCUGCUACAUUACUUCCAGGUUCCGGCUACGUCACCUCCCGCCGCCUGCAGGUGUGCUUACGUCAUCGUUGUGACAGUAGAAGGGCGCCACCGGACGGAACUGUGAUUUGCUUGUGUGAUUUCCUCGUUGUCAUUGUCUUUUGGUGUAUGCCCCUUUUGCUUGUGCGUGAACUUCAAGAUUAGCCUGUCUCCUUUAUUUUUUGUGUCUGUUCUGUAUAUAAUUAUUUAUGCGUAAAUUUUGUAAUACAUUCCAAGUCACUGGGUGUAGGGCCUGGCUGCUGUGUGGUUUGAGUGUGGGUUUUGUCUGUGUGUUUUGGUUAGUCAAGGAGUAAAGGAAGCAGUUUGGUAGGUAAGGUAGCAUCUGCUUGUAAAGUUAGUGUCAGGUUUAGUUUGGCCUGAUGAUUUCCGUUGACUGUAAAUAUCCAUAUUGCAUAAUUUAUAUAUUAUAUACACAUAUAGUGGAUAUAAACAGUCUACACACCCCUGUAGCUGACAACAAUAAUAAUCAGUGACUUGGUUUAUGAAGGCUUAGUUCUGAAAUAGAGAGAGUGUGUGUGUCUUUAUUGGUGUGCAUGUGUAUAGUGGAUAUAAAAAAAGUCUACACACCCAUGUUAAAAUGGCAGGUUUUUUGUGAUGUAAAAAAAAAACGAAACCAAGAUAAAUCAUGUCAGAACUUUUCCCCCCAAUGUGAAAUUACAAUGUAUAAAAAAUUAAGUGAAUAACAAUCAGAACAUUUUAGAGAAAAAUAAAACAUAUACAAUAAUCUGGUUGUGUAAGUGUGCACACCCCUAAACUAAUACAUUGUUGAAGCACCUUCUAAAUAUAUUUCACCACUCAGUCUUUUUGGCUAAGAAUCUAUCAGCAUGGCACGUCUUGACCAUCAAAUUGUAGGGGCAUCUCCUGUGCACAGCACGCUUCAGGUCACCCCACAGAUUUUUAGUUGGAUUCAGGUCUGGGAUCUGGCUAGGCCAUACAAAAACAUUGAUCUUCUUUUGGUUAAGCCAUUCCUUUGAUGAUUUGGAUGUAUGCUUUGGCUCAUUGUUGUGCUGAAAGGUGAAAUUCCUUUUCAUCUUCAGCUUACUAGCUGGAGGUUUUGCACUAAAAUCGACUGGUAUUUGUUGCUAUUCACGAUUCCCUCCAGCUUGAUAAAAGCCCCAGUUCUGGCUGAAGAAAAGCAGCCCUAAAAUAUGAUGCUGCCACCACCAUGCUUCACCGUGGGUAUGGUGUUCUUUUGGUUAUGUUUUGUUUUUUUUUUUGCACCAAACAUACCUUUUGGAAUUAUGGAAUUAUUAUACCUUUUGGAAUUGGUCUCAUCAGACCAUAACACAUUUUGCCACAUAGUUUGGUGUGAUUUCGUUGAGCUUGGAUGUUUUGGUGAGAAAGGGCUUCCAUACAGCCACCCGACCCCUUAGCCCAGAUAUGUGAAGAAUAUGAGAAAUUGUUAUCACAUGCAGAGAGUAAUCAGUACUUGUCAGAUAUUCCUGCAGCUCGUUUAAUGUUGCUGAAAGUCUCUUGGCAGCCUCCCUGUUAUGUUUUGUCUUGUCCUUUUAUCAAUUUGGGAGGGAUGUCCUGUUCUUGAUGAUGUCACUGCGGUGCUCCAUUUUCUCCACUUGUUGAUGAAGGCCUUCACAGUGUUCCAUGGUACAUCUGAUGUUUUGGAAAUUUUUUGUACCUCUUUCCUGAUCGAUGCCUUUUGACAAUGGGACACUGUAUAGUCUUUGUAAGCUCUUGGCAGACUUUUGACUUCAGAAGUCAGAUGAAACCAUGAAGACUUGAAGAAAGUCCUAUAUAAACUGCUGGACUUUAUUUUAACCAAAUGCCAUUUUAACAUGGGUGUGUAGACUUUUUAUAUCCACUGUGUUUAUAUAUAUAUAUAUAUAUAUAUAUAUAUAUGGCAUUAAAAAAUUCCUUUUUUGUAUGUUUCCUUUGCUUUUUGCCUUGCAGUCUUUUGUUCUGUGGGGAAGUGGGGAAGAGAGAAGUGUUAGUGCAAAAUGGCAACUUGUAAUUUAACGUCAUUCACCUUUUGUCCUAUGUUAGCAGGACUUAAUAAAUGUUGUAAAUAUGACCUCUUGUUUACUGCAGAUUUUUUUAUAUCUCCACUCCAUACUUACACAACAAAACGGGUAGGCUGCACUAUAUGACGUGCUAGUGGCACAUGGGGUCUUACCUGAGAUGGAGGAUCAAGCUUCUGGUAUGGCUUCUGGCACUGAACUUGAUAACUGGUCGUGAGUGGACAUAGAUCCUGUGGGACCUCAGUCGCCAUCGGUGGAGCCCUGUCUGCAGAACAAGUUAAAGGAGUUGGAGCUGGAGAUAAAAAAGGAAGUUUGUGAGGCACAAUUGUUGCAGUUUCAGGAGAGGAAGUUAGAGGCCAACAGGGAGAUAGCGUUGAGGAAGCGGAAAAUGGCCAAUCAAAAUCUGAUACCUCUGCCAAGGAAAGUCCAUGGCCCUGCAGUAGUCUCCCCUGGUCCCCCAGCCAUGACCAUGUAGCCUUAGUCUCUCUGUUUAGAGAAGAUGAGGUUGAUGCUUAUUUCUCUGUUUUUGAGAGGAAUGCUAUGACUUUGAAUGGGCCUAAAUCCUUACAGUCAUUGUUAUUACAAUGUAAAUUAAUCGGAAAGGCCCAAGAAGUGAGACUAUAGCUGCCACUUUGGUGGAUGAGUUUGUCUUAACAAACAAGACUAUUUUUACGCCACCAUCUCCUCACAGAGAUCCACCCUCCCGCUCCACAGUCUUCUGCUAGCACCCCACAAAAUAGCCCACCAGCUCUCAGACUGACUCCCACGAAUGUUUUUACUGUUUUUACUAUUUUAAAGCAUAAAAAUGUUAAACAGCAGAGUGUUAAGAAGAAUAUGAUGCCAGACUGUCCUCUGGCACUACCCACUGUCAAACCAAUUUUCCAGUCAUUUUUGUCUACUGGAAAACAGCCUGAAGCAGCCUGGUAAGAUAUUGCACAAUACGUGGGGCUAUUUUAGAAAGUGUUCUGCCCUUCUCUGAUCGUUCAUAUUCAGGUUGUGAUGUGUUAAUUCAAGGUAUUGAGCUGGGUGUUAUUCAUGUACCUUUGCACAGUGUGUAUUUGAAGACAAAGGACCAGUCAAGAUUUUUAAAAGUUGCUGUUUGUUCACAGUUAACUGUUAACUACACAGUUAACUAACUAUAUUGGUUAGUAAAGUGCGAUCUGGCAGUAAAGUGCAUUCUCUUCCUGAAGUUGUCUCUGACCGUUUCACUAAUAGUGAAAGGGUCCUCACCCAGCAGUAUCCCUUUGUUUUCUGCACUUCUGUGCUCACUCAUGCUCAGAGAUAAAAAUUCAGAGAUGUAGUUGAUUUAUCAGAUUCAUUUCUGCAUAGGGAAGGGUCAUGUUAAGAGCCUGAAAUUGAACUUGGUGUGCCAGUCAAGCAGGAGGUGAAGCAUGUGUUAAGUAAUGCCGCCGAGUCCUUGAUUUUUAGUUGUGGAAGUGCCCAGAAGGAGGACACCAGCUUGGCCCACUCUUUACAGUCUUUUGUGGAGAGGUCCUCGCUAGGAAAACACACCAUUUUUUACUUCAUUGAGGAUGUUGUGUUAAUGAGGAAGUGGACUCUGCCCUCUACUCAGGAAGGGUGGAAGGAAGUGGUUCAGGUUGUGGUUCCUCGUGAAUAUUAGGGUCACGUUUUGUCUUGAUUUGUCGUGAUUCCAGCUGCUCCACUCCACCUGAUUCUAGAUUUGAGCGAGCUUUUUGAACAUAUUUUAAAUGAUUGCGUUGGCUCACUACCUAAGACUCUCUUGGAAAAUUGCUAUUUGUUAAUGCUGAUGUGUGCAGCCACUCGAUUUCUAGAAGCAAUUCCCAUACGCAAUCUUAAGUCAAAGACCAUUGUUAAGGUCCUUAUUAAAUUUGGCACCACCUUUGGGUUACUCAGGUACGUCCAAUCAUACCUUGCACAUACCUCGCAAAUUCCAAAUUGCUAAGGCAGAUACAUGAAAAGCUCAUUCAUUUGCACACACAGAUUAAGCAAGUUCUCACAGCUUUAAUUAUGGGAGUUUUGUCAGAGCCAGAGCAUGUGGUGUUCUCUGUGUUUGUUGUGCCGAUUCGGGAUCCAACUUUUGUAACGAUUAUAGGAACGUUAGUGCAGUCACUAAGCCUGACUUGUUUCCCCUUCCCCGCAAGACUGUGUAGACUGUGUGAGCUUUGCUAACUUUGUCACUAAAUGGGAUCUGCUUAAAGAAGAUUGGCAAGUUCCAUUUACCCUAAGUGCCUCUGAGACUUCCCCUUUCACUUCUUUGCUAAUCACUAAUCUUUUGCACCAGAACAUGUUCUUUGUUUGGUCACCUGUAUGCUAGUUAGCCACUGAAUCCAUGAAAGUAUUGUUAGCCAGCUCCCAAGUUCUUGUCGGACCUGAUUUCAGUAAGCCUUUUGAAUUAGAGGUGGAUGCCAGCAGAACAAGGCGGUGUCAGGGUAGCGCUAAAGGGAUUCUAAACUACACUUCCCAUCAGCUCCAGCAUGUCACAUGACACUAAUCACGCACUUCUGUUUCCCGUUUUACCCUGAUUUGCACCAAUAUUUAGGUUCUGGUCUCUGCAGCCAUGGACCAACUCAUGGCUGGGCCCGAUGUCAGGUGCCUCCUUGGGGAUUUUUUUGGAGAAUUUUUUGGGGGAAUGGGGCCCCCCUCUUGGCUGGAGCCAUCUCCUGCCCUCCCUGCCCCACUUUGGACAUCACUCUACCUUCUUGCUUCUCUGAGGUCAUUGCUCUGCCCCCUGCUCCAUUGAGGACAUUGCUCUGUCUCCCUGCUCCACUGAGGGCAUUCACCUGACACCAUUGCAGAUCUCAGCCUUGCCAUGAGCAUCAAUCCUUCUCCCUGCUCCUCCUCGGACAUCACUACAACACCUGGCUCCACUCGGACGUCGCUCUGCCUUCCUACUCUGUUGAGGGCGUCGCUCCAUCUCCUUGCUCCGCUGAAGAAGUCGCUCUGCCUCCUUGCUCUGUUGAGGACAUCGCUCCUCCCACUUGCUUUGUGGUGUACAUCGCUCCACCCUCUUACUACGCGGAGAAUGUCGCACCUCCCUCUUGCUAUUCUCUGUGGAGGACAUCACUCCCUCCUCUGGCAUCAUGGGGAACGUCACUUCCCCCUCUGGCUCCGUCUUUCGACUUCGCUCACUGGCUUUGAGGUGGCCAUUGCUCCAUUUUCAUGCUCUGCCUUGGAUGUUGCGCCACCCCUUAGCUAUGCAGAAGAGAUCACGCCACCCCACUGUCUUGUGGAGGACGUUGCGCUUCCUUCCAGCUAUGCUAAGGGUAUUGCUUCCGGGACACUUUGUCGGCCUAAGGGCUCUUGUCUUUUCUCACAUGACUGUCCAGGCCCCCUCAUGACUGUGUUUUGCACAUUGGGAGCCACAUGUUAAGCGGGGGCUCUGUCAGGGUAGCACUAAAGGGACACUAAACUACACUUCCCAUCAGCCCUAGCACAUCACAUGGCACUAAUCAUUUACUCCUGUUUCCCGUUUCACCCUGAUUUGAUUCAUUGUCAUGCUUCUGUUUAUGUCAUGUCUGUUUGUUUCUCUGCCUGCCGUAGUCUUGCCCAUGGUCUGUAUGUUUUGCUGUUUUAUGUAUACUCACCACUUUAGUUAUUAUUUUCGCACCCUAUACAAUAAAAGUCUGCAUCUGUAUCAGUCGCCUCUGAGAACUAAUGACAAGAGGGGGCCGUUCUCCAUCAGAAGGAUGCUCUUUAGAGCUGUUCUUCGCCAGCAGCCAGAAUACUAAGCUGCUAUAUGGUGAACCACCCAAGUCACCCCGUGCCAGCCGUAAGUUCUCCUCACCUCCUCCACUGGCCCUUGGCAAGACAUCGUCUCCAAACAGGCGCCGCAAGCUCUCACUCAACAUCCCCAUCAUCACAGGCGGCAAGGCACUGGACCUUGCUGCACUUACUUGUUCCUCCAAUGGAUAUGCCAGCAUGUACUCAGCCAUUACACCAUUCAGCAAGACCACACUGGAUAUCAACAAGCUCUAUGUGUCCAGCCCUAUCACCAGCAAGAUCAGUGAUGAGGCUGAGGGCAAAUCUGAGCGAGCAGAGGAGCCCUCCCUUGGUAAACAGGAUAUUUCGGUGAGGGAGGAAAGUGACAGCGAGCAGGUCCAGAGUGAUGAGGCAGAUGCAGAAGCUUCACCCACCAAAUCACCUACAACGCCAAAAACUGUCAAAUGCAAAGCCUCUUCAGAUUUCUCCCUGUUCUCAUACAAUAAUGGCAUGAUGAUGUCAUCUUGCCGAGAAAUAGACAACAACCGCAGUGCACUUUCGGCAGCAUCUGCUUUUGCUAUUGCCACCGCUGGUGCCAAUGAGGGCACACCAACCAAGGAGAAGUACCGCCGCAUGUCCUUGGCUAGCACAGGAUUCCCUACAGACCAGAGGAAUGGAGAUAAGGAGUUUGUGAUUCGCCGGGCAGCAACUAACCGAGUACUUAAUGUCCUAAGGCACUGGGUGUCCAAACAUUCCCAGGACUUUGAGACCAACACAGAAUUAAAAAUGAAUGUGAUCUGCUUCUUGGAGGAAGUUAUGCAUGACCCUGAGCUGCUGACUCAGGAAAGAAAAGCAGCAGCCAACAUCAUAAGGACGCUUACACAGGAGGACCCUGGUGACAAUCAGAUCGCUCUGGAAGAUGUACUAAAGAUGGCUGAGAGUGGGAAAGCAGAACCCUUUGAGAACCACUCGGCUUUGGAGAUUGCAGAGCAGCUCACCCUGCUGGACCACCUGGUUUUCAAAGUCAUCCCAUAUGAGGAGUUCUUUGGCCAAGGAUGGAUGAAGAAUGACAAAAAUGAAAAGACACCCUACAUCAUGACAACAACGAAGCAUUUCAAUGAUAUAAGCAACUUGAUCGCAUCGGAGAUCCUGCGCUGCGAUGACGUGAACACUCGGGUGGCCGUGAUGGAGAAGUGGGUGGCAGUAGCUGACAUCUGUCGCUGUCUCCAUAACUAUAACGCUGUGCUGGAGAUAACCUCAUCCCUCAACCGCAGCGCCAUUUUCCGCCUCAAGAAGACCUGGCUCAAAGUUUCCAAACAGACCAAAACAGUUAUUGACAAGCUGCAGAAGUUGGUCUCAUCUGAAGGAAGGUUCAAGAACCUAAGAGAAGCUUUAAAAAAUUGUGAUCCUCCAUGUGUGCCAUACUUGGGGAUGUACCUCACAGACCUGGCAUUCAUUGAGGAGGGUACACCAAACUACACAGAAGACAACCUGGUUAACUUUUCCAAGAUGAGAAUGAUCUCCCAUAUCAUCAGAGAAAUACGUCAGUUUCAACAAACAGCAUACAAGAUUGAUCAUCAGCCAAAGGCAGCCCAGUAUUUGCUAGACAGUAGCAACGUGUUGGAUGAAGAAAGCAUGUAUGAAGCCUCACUCAGAAUUGAGCCCAAAGUGCCCAACUGAGAAGAAGGCUUCUGUGAACUCAAACGGUUGUAUAGCCCAUCAUGUAUUCAUACACAAUAUGUCUUAGGUUAUAUAUUAUGUGAUAUUGUUCCUGUAUCAGUAACUUUUUAUUUCUAGAAGUUAGUAAAGCACAUAACCAUUUUCAAAUUAUAGACGAGUUGCAGAUCAUGGUAUGGUACUUCCCAGUACCAAAAAGAAAAAUAUGUAUACGCUCUGAGAUCAAUAUCUAUUCAAAUGUUAUUUGGGGUCUCUUUAGUGAUUCAGGUCAUACAUAAAUUUUGGUCCGCCCUUUGUUGCAAGUAAUUAUCAGAUAUAAUUCUCUGAUGCAUUUCACAACAAGAAGAUAAAUAUUUUUACUAAACCUGAAAUUUUAUAGACAUCAUGUAAUAAUGAAAAACAAGUGCAUUGGACAUUUUUACAUAGGUGAUAUUCCAUGACAGAAAUAAACUAAUGUCAUAUUUAACAAUAAAAAUAUACACAAUAUA